GAAAGAGAGCGGUGGAGAAGGAGAGAAAGUGAGAGAGCGGAGAGCGUGGGGGGGGGGCUGGGGUGUUUGAGUUGCGACUCCUUGCGCCGGUGUAUUACUGCUGGCCAGCAGGACUCAGCGUGCUGAACAAGUGCUCAUAUGAGCAGUCCGAGAGCGGAGCAGCGGCAACACUGUUGGAACUGGGAGACAGGCAGUCACCUCCACUCCACGCGGCAGCAACAGCCUCUCUCGCUCUCGCUCUCGCUCUCGCGCUCUCUCUCUCUGCCUGCCUUUUUUCUCCUCUGUGCUUUCUGGAGUUGAGAUCUUGUUCGUCAGAGCGCAGGAAGAGGAACGUGAGUGGAACAGGGCUCGAAAGCUGCUAUCCAAACAUCCCAAGCGCAGACCUGGCUGCCCACAUGCCGAUCGAAUUUGUUUGCAAAAUCAAAUUUGCAGAGGAGGAUGAGAAACAAAAAGGCAACCAGGAUGGGGACAAGGAGAGCCUGAUCGAGGAGAGCUGCAGUCCCCCAGCCAAGGACCUGGCUGGCUUCGCCAAUGCCUGCUCGCUCCACGGGAUUAACCAUAUCUUCGUCUCGGGCCGGCUGGGCGUCAGACAGACCCUCUGGGCUCUAGCCUUCCUGGUGUCCCUGGCUCUCUUUCUGUACCAGGCGGCAAAGUGUGCCAUCUCCUACCUGGAGCAUCCUCACGUCACGGCGCUCAAUGAGGAGGCCACCCCCGAGAUGGUUUUCCCCGCCGUGACCAUCUGCAACAUCAACCGUUUCUGCUUUUCCGCCCUCACCGAUGCCGACAUCUACCACCUUGCCAACCUGACCGGCUUGCCCCCCAAAAAUAAGGACGGCCACAAGCCGACGGAUUUGGAGUAUCCGGCGCCGGACAUGCAGGACAUAUUCAACCGGACGGGUCACCAGUUGGACGAGAUGUUGAAGAGCUGCAACUUCAGUGGACAGAACUGCUCGGCUGAAGACUUCUCGGUGGUUUACACAAGGUACGGAAAAUGUUAUACUUUCAAUGGGAACAAAACAACGUCCAGGAAGACGAAACAAGGAGGGAUGGGAAACGGAUUGGAGAUUAUGCUUGAUAUCCAACAGGAUGAAUAUCUGCCCAUCUGGAAGGAGACAAAUGAAACGUCUUUAGAGGCAGGAAUACGUGUUCAGAUCCACAGUCAGGAUGAGCCACCGUACAUCCAUCAGCUGGGCUUUGGAGUUUCUCCGGGAUUUCAGACUUUUGUUUCCUGUCAGGAGCAAAGGUUGACCUACCUGCCCCAGCCUUGGGGGAACUGCCGUUCCACCAAUGAGCAGAUGAUCCCAGGUUAUGAUACCUACAGUAUCAGUGCCUGCCGCCUGCGCUGCGAGACUCUGGAGGUUCUGCGUGAGUGCAAGUGCAGGAUGGUGCACAUGCCGGGAGAUGCCGAUAUCUGUUCUCCCAGCAAAAUCAAAUGUGUGGACAAAGCACUUGCACUCUUACAGAAAAGUUCAGGUGACACGUGUGCCUGUGAAACUCCCUGUAACCUGACACGUUAUGGCAAAGAGCUUUCCAUGGUGAAAAUCCCCAGCAGGGGCUCUGCUCGCUACCUAUCCAGAAAAUACGACAAGUCAGAAGACUACAUCAGAGACAACUUUCUUGUUUUGGACAUAUUCUUUGAAGCUCUAAAUUAUGAAACAAUAGAACAGAAAAAAGCAUAUGACGUUGCAGGAUUAUUAGGGGACAUUGGUGGGCAGAUGGGUCUUUUUAUAGGGGCCAGUGUUCUUACCAUCUUGGAGAUUCUGGACUACGUAUAUGAGGUGAUUAAACACAGACUGGAGCGUUUGCUCAGGCCACAGCGAGAAGAGAAGAAACACACCCAACAGCAACAACAGGCCAGCACAGUCGCCACAGUAAACCUCGAGGAAAUGAAAUCUAAAAGAGGCGGAGCAAAGGAGAUACAAACAUGCACGGAUUCCGGAGAGAUGAGUCGGAGUCACUCGGAGGGAGCUUACGCGAACACAGUCCUCCCAAAUCACCAUCAUCAGCACCGUACCCAUCACAGAGUGUUUGAAGACUUUGCCUGCUAGGAAUCUGUCCGGCAGGUCUAGUGCUGUUGACAACUACAGAAAGAGUCUCUCUGUGCUGAGUUUGGGCUCAUUGAUAGACCCUCAAAUCUCAGUGCUGAUCUCUAUUGCUGUCAUCAGUUAAAGCUACAGCCAAAGUCGAACUCUAAACUUUUGCUUCUGACUGAACGCAGUCACGGAUUGGACACCCCAUUGCGGUCCAGCAAGAAGACCCAUCAGACACCCAUUCCUCUACCCCUCCUCUCACCGGAAGUCACUGGCAAAUCUCAGAUUUCUACACCGAAUACUUUGAUAUUGGCCAUCUAAAAUAUCAUCAAGGCAUAGACUGCAUGACAUCUAGAUGUCUACUUUAUAAUUCAGAUCCUGUUUGAAGCAUUAUAUUCUCUCUAUGUCAACUGUUAGAGUUUUAUUCAGUGAAUUCUCAUCUUGUGAAAUAUUAUAAUUCAGAUAAAUCGACAACUGUAAAUUAUGUAUUUGAAUCAUGACUAUCAACCCUUAGAAUCCAGAGGGUCUGAACAAUAGCUUUACUCUGGAAUACUCAUAAAGUAAAUCAUGAGAAAGGUGUAGAAUUGUGUGUGUCAGAAAAGUUAAGUAUAUCCAAUUAUUAUUGGGUAUGUCUGGUAAAUGUUUUCUUUAUCUCAAAUGAUUUACGAUUCAUUUAACUUAAGUAUAUUGAAUAGUCCACUCAUUUUGUAACGUUAUUUAUAGAGACGUAAUGUGUGAGUGGUAAUGGAUAUCAUUAGCAGCAACAACAUAAUCGUUUGUAAGGUUACUUCCUGUUGGAGAGCAGAAUGUGUAGUGCAGCCCAGCAAGCCCAGAUGACAUUUUGGUAACCAUAUGGAAAAUGUUCAUUUCAACCAUUGGUUGAUGGAUUCACUUUUCCAGACCUCCCGAAAGUGUUUAAUAAAACAGACCGUAUGUUGCUGCUUUCACUUAUGAAUGAGACGGAGUUAAAUGGCCCCACGGAGAAUGAUAAAGUGUGUUUGCUCAGCACACUUUCAAACUACGAGUAAUCUCAUGCUACACAAUAUACAGUAUGGUGGUUGUUUGAAAGGUGGUUGAUUGGGUUUUCUCUGUAUUCUUAGCUGUGAGGUCUAGCAGUAACUCUGACAAAGAGCCAAGUGUGAAAAGCAUUUUGUUUAGAAGCCAACGUCUUUUAUGGUGUGAUAUUAAGCAAGCGCUAAUACAACUUUCCAUUUUAGCUGCAGGUAUAAUCAUAAGGUCAACUAAUUCCAGAAAUGCAUUUGUGGUUUCCAAAUAUGGCUAAUAUUACCAUGAGUCAACUGUGUAGCACCCCUCAAUUCUUUGCAUGGUCACAGCAACCAUUACAAACAUUUACAAUGGUUGCACUUUUUUUUUUAUUAAGAAAAGAAGCAAAGCCUACCACUGGAGUGAAAAAAUACUUUUUAAUCAAUUCUGGAAAUGGUAUGUUUGUGUGAUUCAUGUUUGAAUAUGUUGAAUAUGUUGAUAUUAGAUUAAUAGAUGUUCUAAAGUAUAUGUAAGAUUUUAUGAUUUAAAGCAAGAAUCAGUAAUAUAAACAUAUAUAUGUAAAUUCCUUUAUUACUUAAAGUGCAAUAUCAGUUUCUCCUAUACUUGAACCCUUUCCCAUAUUAAAUGAUGUAUUUCACAAGAUUUAUAAGUCGCAGUGACGCAUAUAGAUACAAAUCCGCUAUAGAUUAGUUUCUUUCUUGGUUAGAUACAAUCAGCAAGAAAGCUUUUGCAUAUUGAUGUCCAUACAUUUUUCAGAGUGCAUCUCAUUUUUGUAUACCAAAACCACGCACAGAGUCCAUCCAUAUAAAAGUAAUCAUGGCUAAUAUGGGCUUUUAAUAUUCAUAAAACUAUCAAAGUGACAUUUUUAAAGGUUCCCCGUCCGAGUCUUGAUGGCACCCCGAGCCAGUUAUGCAUAAUAAUACAGUUUACUGUCAUAAAUAACUCUGCUCUCAGCAGUGAAUGCAGAAUAGCAUACCAGUGCAUGUUAAAGAAUUGCGGUGGAACAAAUCACUCAGAUUUGAUUUGGCAUUAUCUGUCAACCUCACGCACUCGUGCAGUUGUGUAUUUCUGCACUUGCGGCCUAUCUCUCGUGCGCAGAAGGAAUUCCUCCGAAUGUUAAAAUGCAAACAAGCGUCUGCACAACUCACAGGUCCUGAAGAAGAAGCUGACUAUCUUUCAUACUCCCUUGCAUUAGUACAAAAAACUGUUUUUCAAAAGAGUACUUGACAGCAAUUUUGUGAUUUAGGGGAAGACCUAUAUCAAAGAGAAUGUAUAUGUUUGUCUUUAAAAUUGCACUACCUGACAAAGCGCUCGGUUACGAAGGUUUUGCUUUUACAAUAAUUUUAAUUGCAGUUAUAAUUAAUAUUCAACAUUCUGACCUUUAAGCACCGUUCAGCUCUAUAUGUGUAUUUCUUAAACCGUUACGCAGCUUUAACUUAAACUAUUCUAGUGCUAUUCAUAUCCGCUCGUUUUUCGCGGCCGAACCACCAUUUAGCUACACGUGGGGGCCAUAAAAUGAGCAGCAUACAGAGUAAACAGACUGUUGAGAUUUCCACACGAUUAAAGGCAUCAGGACUAAUCAGGCUUAUUACCCAUUACACUCCAGAGCCUAAUGGACUGUGCACAAGACUACAGAGAACACAUAAAACAAUUUGUACAACGGUCUGCUGUUAUGACCGUGGUUUCCGUUAGGACACAUUUUAUAAAUGUAACAAUGGUACGUACUGCAGUCCAAUAAUAAAUCUUGAUGAAUUAAUCGCUUUGCCUCUGUUCAUUUCACAGUAAUGAGUUCUUUUGACGGCUUUCAAUUCUACAGAGUCAUUAAGACAUCUUGAAAGAAUGUUCGGGGUUUAAGACAAGGUACUGUAAACUCUAUUUAUAUAAAAUCAAUUAGCACAGAAUAUUUGACUUGUCCCUCAUUCUAUAAAAUAAGCAAUUACUUCAAAAAAAUUAUAAGAACAGUGUUAUGAAACAUUUUGCUUUUGUAACAAUACUGCCAUACUGGUUCCCUCGACCAAAAGCCUAUUUGAAUUUUUCCUUAACUUUUGGAGGAUUGCAAAAUAUAUACUCUGCGUACAAAAAAAUAUACAAAGGUUAAUGAUAUUUACACGUUUUGUCUUUCAAGAUAAUCUUUAACGCAACAUGUGUUACUUUUGAAGACUGAAUACAAUCAGAAAAAAAGCUAAAGCUAACAUGAGGCUAUAAACAAGACUACACUACGGGUGCUCAAUAUAAACGUGCCACCACAAGUCUUCGACAACUCUUUCAAACUUUAUUAAUAACGUGUUCACUGUUAAGUAAUUAUUCAGUCACAAUUUUUGAGAUUUGUGUCCAUGUUGCAUUAUUUGUGAAAUGUAUAUGCACAAUGACAGUUGCUUUCAUAAAGUUGUUAGCAACCGCUGUUUUUAAAACACAAUAAAGCGGGUUAUAACUGAUGUGUUUCAUGUCAUAGAUUAAAACGUGAAAAUAUUUAGAAGUUUUGCUAACCACAUACCUCAGGCUAUUUAUCAAAAACCCAUUAAAAAAACGCAUAGACUUUGGGGCGAUGGAACUGGAAGUCUUAAAAUGCUAACUCGCUUCUGGGGUAUGCAAAAGAAAAUAUGUGAGCCAUGCGGUACUCUAUUAA